AUUAUCUUAACUCUAUAUCAUAUAUAUAUAACUUAUCAAUUUAGAGCUUGAGUCACUACUCGCUCACAUAGAAGCUUCAAGAUGGUGUUGGUUGCUCACUAGACUUAUGUAAAUAAGUGAUGGAAUACAUAACAUCAUCUGUCUGUAACACUUAUAAUAUGAUCAGAUUUUUCGACACAUUACAAGACGAUGCAUAUCAUAAUUAGAUUACACCACAUUUUACUUAUCAUUCUUAGUUCAGACACUUAAAGCUGUGGAAUGAACUUCCUUGUGCGGUGUUUCCGGGACGAUACUACAUGGGUACCUUCAAAAAAAGCGCGUACACCUUCCUUAAAGGCCGGCAAUGCUCCUGUGAUUCCUCUGGUGUUGCAAUAGAUUGUGGGCGGCGGUGAUCACUUAACAACAGGUGACCCGUACGUUUGUUUGUCCUCCUAUUCCAUAAAAAAAAGAACACUUAAAGUAAGAAUAUGUGUUAUUUAUUAUAUUUUAAAUAGAGUCAAAACCGUUUAUGGCGACAUCGUUUAGAACCACAUACCGGUUAAAUUUACCAAAAUCAAAGGACCUGGCUGAAUGUUAUAUGACCGCCUUAUCUAAAACAUUGGUUUUUACGAAAUUGUUUACUACGACAUACCGCAUUAAGCGACCACAUUUGGUUAAUGUUUUCGGAGAAUUAUAUCUGUAGAACGACCGGCUCAGCUGAAUUGUAAACAAUUUGAAUAGGUAACUGUAUCCACAUCUGGCACAGUGUAAUAGUCAAUGGCUAUUAUCGUAAAAGUAAACAAAGUUUAGGGUCUUUUGUAAUUCUUAGAAACAAAGCACAUAGACACACAGCCUCAAGGCCCGCUUCGUCAUAUCUCUUAAGUCAGUUUGUUACUUAUCUUUACACAAGACGCACCAAAACAUUAUUGUUGAGUUAACUGUGAAAAUUGUAACAUGUCGCAAAAAAGAAAACAAAUCAGUAUUGAAGAAAAUCGCAUAUUAUUUCAAAGCUAGAGAAAGGAAUUCCAAACAAAGACCUGGCAAAAGAAUAUGGUGUAUCUCACUCGAUAAUUUCAACCAUUUGGAAAGAAAGGGAGAAAAUUCAAAUCCUUUACAACAAGAAUUUUUUGAAAAUGAAACGAGCCAGAACAACGCGGCAAUCGAAGAUUGAGGAAGCUUUGUUAAAGUGGUUUAAAUAUCAAAGGACAAAUAAUGUGCCAAUAAAUGGACCAAUUCUUCAACAAAAAGCAAACCAUUUUGCUCAACGUUUUGGUGAAGAUUUUGUUUGCUCGUCUAGUUGGAUUCAACGUUUCCGGGCUCGACAUGGCAUUGUCGGCGGGAAAAUGAGUGGUGAAGCUGCCAGUGUGGAUAAAGAUGCUGUAGACGAAUGGAUUACGCAAAAGUGGCCUACAUUAUGUGAAGGCUACAGUCUAGAAGACAUUUAUAACGCAGACGAAACCGGACUUUUUUACAAUAUGACACCAGACAGGACUUUAAAUUCAAAGGAGAGAAUUGUUUGGGAGGAAAAAUGUCCAAGACGAGACUAACGAUCAUGGUUGCAGCAAAUAUGACAGGAUCCUGUAAAAGGAAGCUUUUAGUUAUUGGGAAAUCUAAGAAACCAAGAUGCUUUAAAAACAUACGCUCACUGCCGGUAACGUAUGAAAACAAUGUGAAGUCAUGGAUGACAUCGGAAAUUUUUGAAAAAUGGUUACGAAACUGGGACGCUGAAUUAAAAGCAAACAAUAAGAUAGUUCUUCUUUUAGUUGAUAAUUGUCCUGCUCAUCCAGCUGUUACUAAUCUGAAGUGUAUUAAACUCGUGUUCUUACCACCAAAUGUUACAUCUGUACUGCAACCUUCCAUAGGUGUAAUAAGAUGUUUAAAAUCUCAUUAUAGAAGACUGCAAGUGUUAAAGUUAAUACAAAGCAUUGACAGUAAUAAUCAGAACAGCUUUACGGUUCUUGAUGCCAUCUUGAUGAUAUCCGAAGCAUGGGAAAAGGUUUCACAAAAAACCAUAGCUAACUGCUUUGGGCAUGCAGGUUUUAAAGAUCUUACAAGUCUUAUAACAAGAACCUCAGAUGAUGUGAUUGACGACGAUGAAGACGACAAUAUUUCUUUGGCUCAAUUAGCCCAAAAUUUACGACCUGCUUUAUCUACUACUGAAACAGACGAGUUCAUUGAUGUAGAUCAGUCUAUUGCAAUUCGUGCACCAGCUACGGAGGAUGAUAUUGUACAUGAAGUUCAAGAGGAAAAUGAACAGGAAGACUCGGAAGAACAAUUUACAGUGCCAACUUUGAUUGACGGUCUCAAUGCUGUUAGUGUAUUACGAAAGAUUGUUCUUUUUAAUGAAGAGUUCCACAUGCAGGGAAAUUGUGACAAUACGCUGAUUAAAAUCCAAUGUGAAUUACAAAAUGUGUAUGCACAACAGAAGUGUUUCAAACAAACUAAAAUUACAGAUUUUAUGCAUACAAAAAUGAUAUUGUUCUUUUAUAUUAUACGUUUGUAUUGAAGUAAACAAAAUGCAGUUUAAUUUCCUACAUGAAUAUACAUAUUAUAUUUCCUAUUAAUACCUGUCACCGGUAACAACCGGUGACAGGUAUUAAUAGGUAACAACAACUAUCGGUUUUUACGACUCAAUAUGAGUAGUCCCUUCGAUGUUGUUAUAACAGAUUUUGACUGUUUUAUCAAAAAAACAUUCAUGUGUUUAAGCAGCUCUCUGGGAGAGUACUCUUUAUAAUAAACCUGUUUAUUGAUGGCUGAGUAAAAUAAUGAUUU